GUGUUCUCCAUCGUGGUGUUCGGCUCCAUUGUCAACGAAGGGUACGUGAACCGCCUGGACGAGACCCAGGAGCACUGCAUUUUCAACCGUAAUCGCAAUGCCUGCAACUAUGGCAUUACCGUGGGCGUCCUCGCCUUCCUCAGCUGCCUUCUUUACCUGGCUCUGGAUGCCUACUUCCCGCAGAUCAGCAGCGUCAAGGACCGCAAGAAGGCAGUGCUGUCAGACAUCGGCGUCUCGGCCUUUUGGGCGUUCCUGUGGUUCGUUGGCUUCUGCUUUCUGACCAACCAGUGGCAAGCUUCAAAAGAGGAGGACAACCCAUUGAAUGAGGGAGGGGAUGCAGCCCGAGCAGCCAUCACGUUCUCGUUCUUCUCCAUCUUUACCUGGGGCUUCCUCACCUUUCUGGCUUUCCGGAGACUCAGAGACAUUACUUUUCAGGAAGAAUACAACACCCUGUUCCCUAACUCCCCAUCCUUGCUACCUUACCAGCAGCCCCCUCCGGCAGAUGCUUUCGACACCGAGACACAGGGGUACCAAACGCAGAACUACUGA